GGUACAAAUACUUUAAAUACUUUGGGCAGCUGCUGUGAGCUUUUGUGUGUAUUUGCUGAUUAAUGACGAUUUCACUACAGAAAAACAGUAAGGAGGGGAGCGCCUGCCGGGUGACGUCAUUGUGAUCCACAUCCACGGUAGCAGGAGGGGUGAGGUGGCCAGCCGCUGAUCCACCGGUAUCAUGGCUUCCUAACAGGACGGGGGGAAGUGACUGAGUGGAAAAACAAGGAUUUUUGUCUAAUGUCCAACUGAUCAUCGCCCUUUCUAGAACCUAAGAUUGGGACAGAGGGGCUCGGCCUCCCUUUUCGCCUCUCACGGCCGCCCCUGAGAUCCAGUAUAUACUUUAAUUCUUCUCGUGAAUUUCCAUUCUUGAACCGUGGAAGAUGGCCGACCCGGCGGAGUGCACCAUCAAAGUGAUGUGCCGUUUUAGGCCCCUGAACAGCUCCGAGGUGACCAGGGGCGACAAGUACAUUCCCAAGUUUCAAGGGGAAGAUACCGUCAUUAUCGGGGGUAAACCUUACAUGUUUGACAGAGUGUUUCAGUCAAAUACAACACAAGAACAAGUGUACAACGCCUGCGCCCAAAAGAUUGUAAAAGAUGUUCUCGAGGGUUAUAAUGGGACAAUUUUUGCAUAUGGGCAGACAUCAUCUGGUAAAACACACACCAUGGAGGGGAAUCUCCAUGACACAGAUUCAAUGGGAAUUAUCCCCAGGAUAGUGCAAGACAUCUUCAACUACAUCUAUUCCAUGGAUGAAAACCUAGAGUUUCAUAUCAAAGUUUCAUAUUUUGAAAUCUACUUAGACAAGAUCCGGGACCUUUUGGAUGUGUCAAAGACCAAUUUGUCAGUGCAUGAAGACAAAAACAGAGUACCUUAUGUCAAGGGCUGCACUGAGAGAUUUGUCUGCAGCCCAGAGGAGGUCAUGGAUACAAUUGAUGAAGGAAAAGCUAACAGACAUGUAGCAGUUACAAACAUGAACGAGCACAGCUCCAGGAGUCACAGUAUCUUCCUGAUUAACGUUAAACAGGAGAAUACUCAAACAGAGCAGAAGCUCAGUGGAAAGCUCUACCUGGUAGAUCUGGCUGGUAGUGAAAAGGUCAGUAAAACAGGUGCUGAGGGAGCAGUGCUGGAUGAAGCCAAGAACAUCAACAAGUCCCUGUCAUCCCUGGGAAAUGUCAUCUCUGCAUUGGCUGAAGGAACGGCUUACAUCCCUUACCGAGACAGCAAGAUGACCCGUAUCCUGCAGGACUCGCUGGGCGGUAACUGUCGAACCACCAUUGUCAUCUGCUGCUCACCUUCGUCCUUUAAUGAGGCUGAAACCAAAACCACCCUAAUGUUCGGGCAGAGAGCAAAGACCAUCAAGAACACAGUGACAGUGAACAUUGAGCUGACAGCAGAGCAGUGGAAGCAGAAGUAUGAGAGAGAGAAGGAGAAGAACAAGACCCUGAGGAACACCAUCACGUGGCUGGAGAAUGAGCUGAACCGCUGGAGAAAUGGUGAGAGCGUGCCGGUGGAGGAGCAGUUUGAUAAGGAGAAAGCCAACGCCGAGGUGCUGGCCCUGGACAAUAUUAUAAACGAAAAGGCGGCCUCCACGCCCAACGUGCCCGGCGUUCGGCUCACUGACGUGGAGAAGGACAAGUGUGAAGCAGAGCUGGCCAAACUCUAUAAACAGCUGGAUGAUAAGGAUGAGGAAAUCAACCAGCAGAGCCAGCUGGCUGAGAAGCUGAAGCAACAGAUGCUGGACCAGGAGGAGCUUCUAGCCUCUUCCCGCCGUGAUCAUGAAAACCUCCAGACAGAGCUGAACCGCCUCCAGGCGGAAAACGAAGCCUCAAAGGAGGAGGUGAAGGAGGUGCUGCAGGCUCUGGAAGAGCUGGCUGUCAAUUAUGACCAGAAGAGCCAAGAGGUGGAGGAUAAAACCAAGGAGUUUGAGACCAUCAGCGAGGAGCUCAGCCAGAAAUCGUCCAUCCUGUCAUCUCUGGACUCUGAGCUUCAGAAGCUGAAGGAGAUGUCCAACCACCAGAAGAAGAGGGUGACUGAGAUGAUGUCAUCACUGCUUAAAGACCUAGCUGAGAUUGGCAUCGCUGUAGGCAGCAAUGACAUUAAGCAACAUGACGGUGGCAGUGGUCUGAUUGAUGAGGAGUUUACAGUGGCCCGUCUGUACAUCAGCAAGAUGAAGUCAGAAGUGAAGACGAUGGUGAAACGCUGCAAGCAGCUAGAGGGAACCCAGGCAGAAAGCAACAAGAAGAUGGAUGAGAACGAGAAGGAACUGGCUGCCUGCCAGCUGCGCAUCUCCCAGCACGAGGCUAAAAUCAAGUCCUUGACUGAGUACCUGCAAAAUGUGGAGCAGAAGAAGAGGCAGUUGGAGGAAAAUGUGGAUGCUCUCAAUGAGGAACUUGUCAAGCUCAAUGCUCAAGAGAAAGUCCAUGCUAUGGAGAAAGAGAACGAGAUCCAGACUGCCAAUGAAGUCAAGGAAGCAGUGGAGAAGCAGAUCCACUCCCAUCGUGAAGCUCAUCAGAAACAGAUCAGCAGCCUGAGAGACGAGCUGGACAACAAGGAGAAGCUCAUCACCGAGCUGCAGGAUCUGAAUCAGAAGAUCAUGCUGGAGCAGGAGAGACUCAGAGUGGAGCAUGAGAAGCUCAAAUCCACCGAUCAGGAGAAGAGCCGCAAGCUGCACGAGCUCACGGUGAUGCAGGACAGGAGGGAGCAGGCCAGACAGGACCUGAAGGGUCUGGAAGAGACAGUGGCUAAAGAGCUGCAGACUCUGCACAACCUGAGGAAACUCUUUGUCCAGGACCUGGCCACCCGAGUAAAGAAGAGCGCUGAGAUGGACUCAGAUGACACAGGUGGGAGUGCAGCUCAGAAACAGAAAAUUUCCUUUCUUGAGAACAAUCUUGAACAACUCACCAAGGUUCACAAACAGCUGGUGCGUGAUAAUGCAGACCUGCGCUAGCUUCCUAAACUGGAAAAGCGUCUUCGAGCUACGGCUGAGCGGGUCAAGGCCUUGGAGUCUGCUUUGAAGGAAGCCAAGGAGAACGCCGCCCGCGAUCGCAAGCGCUACCAGCAGGAAGUGGACCGCAUCAAAGAGGCCGUCAGAGCCAAGAACAUGGCCAGGAGGGGACAUUCAGCCCAGAUUGCCAAACCCAUCAGGCCUGGGCAGCAGCCAGUGGCAUCCCCCACCCACCCCAACAUUAACCGCAGUGGAGGAGGCUUCUACCAGAACAGCCAGACGGUGUCCAUCAGAGGAGGGGGCAGCAGCAAGCCUGACAAGAACUGAAGAGCAGCAGAACAGAAGGACGACACCACAGAAGAAGCCAAUAUCACCCCCGCCCACCCCGACAACCUGUCAUUCCAUUACAGCGAACAGACUCCUCGUCGCUGCUUUGGAACCACGAAGGAGUUUCUGAAAUAUAAAUAUAUAUAUAUAUAUAUAAAUAUUCCCAGCUUGUACAGCUCCAGCCCCCCCACCAUCACACCUCCACCUACCCACCCCCUCUCCCCAACGUUCUAAUCAUGACUUAUCUCUUUUUCUCUUACUGGAUAUAAUAAAAGAAAGAAGACAACCGUUUUAAUUUACAAAAAGCCAAGAUAAUAUUCUUAUUCAGGCAACCAAACGCAGUCUUGAGCGCAGUCUUGAGCGAAGCCUCGGCGAGCGAAGCCUCGGCGAGCGAAGCCUCGGCGCGACUCGAAUGUGUAGCUUCGGGUUUGUUGAUUUUGUUUAGUUUUUUUCUUUUUCGUUUUGCACAGUCUGUCGUCAUCUGUCGUCGUGCGAGUAGUUCUGCACUGUGCCAAGCUGAAUGUAACGGUCGAAAGAUCCAAAAAAUUCAUAGAAAUAAACACCUAAUACUAAAAAAAAGACCAAAAAAACGAAGAGGAGACCCUACAGUGAGAAACAGCUUGACCCUAUAAAGCUAACCUCUGUACAGUUCAUUGUUAUUAUUAUUAUAAUUAUUAUUAUUAUUAUCAUUGGCUGUUAACCACACUUUUCUCUGGGUAGAUUUUACAUGCUUCUUUAAGGGAAAAACAAAAAAAGUACAAAAAAAUGUUUUGAAUUGACUAGAUGGCGUCGAGCACUACUGUUCUGUCUGAUCUUGUUGUACAGUUGUAAAAUUGGCACUACUGCACACGUUUCCCUGGAGAGACGAGGCUAAACACAAGGAUCAAACUAAAGCCAAGAAGACGUGCGACAGUGCACCGUAGGUGUAUUUACCUAAAUACCUGUGGAGGCCAACUGUUUUUAAUAUUAAGUUAAAAAAAAAAACUAUACUCGUUAAUGGUGGCUUCAUGAGAAGGAUGCAAAGAAUGUAGAAUGAAGGGAAAAGAGAGGAGGAGGAUCCGGUUAACACAACAGCCUUCCACCUUUUAGCAUAGCCUAUGCUACGUAGCUAAAUGUACUGUUUUUACUUCUCUCGGUGGUUAAUAAUGAUGUGUUAAUGGAAGCUGUUUAAUAUCUCUCUGCACAUUGGAGCACAUAGAUUGCAAGUGUAUAGAUGGAAAUAGCACACGAAGCUCGUCCUGUCCUCGCUGGGUCCCCGUCGGUAACUCGUCUCCUUUCACUCGUGUAUUCAGGACCUCUUCUUUUUUGGUUCUUGUUGCUAGUUUGACUGUUGAAUCCCUGCAGUGUCAUGUUUUCUUUUUCAAGGGUGCCUCGCUUCUUCCGUCUUCCCUCCCCACACCUUAUAGAUUAAAAGACCUGUAACUGUAUGCGCCCCCUUUCGGUUAUAAAUUAGCAGAGUGUCAUGCUGGGUUUUAUGUACUGUAUCUCUUUCUUUGUUCCAUAGAUGGUGUAGAUUUCUAUUUCAAAGUGGGGGGUAACGACGGGCGGGUGGAGUGGGAUCGUUCAGUUGAUGGGUUAAACCUUCGCCGCUGAUCAGCCAGUCAGGGAGAGCGGGGUCUAUAAUUGCACAAUGAUCUUCUGUUAUCAUCUGGAGGAAGGGUCUAUUUAACUAAAUCUAACCAGGGGUGUAGAUUUUUUGUGUUUUUGUUCUUUGUUGUUUUUUUUAGUGGGUUUUUUAAAUUGUUAUUAAUUUCCCAUCACAUCUUUAUUUUAACCCUGUGAAGCCCCACUGCAUUUGGCAAAGAGCUUGUUGUGAUUGUAACCCCAGCAUGAGAACACUAACAUCUUGUGCAAGUGCAAUAUACUGUAAAAUACACUGUAUAUCAGUCGGCCGGCAGGUGUGAUCAGGGUGUGGUUGCGGUGGUAGUUCCUGCCCAAUCCUCCUUUUUGUGUUGCGUUUACUUUCACUGGUGUCGAGUCCUCGGUGUGUGCUCUCUUUCUUUGAUCACUCUUUCUGAAAAGCUGAGACAUGUUGCAGAUCUUUUGUUUUGUUUUAUAUAAACCUCAUAUUCUAUAUCAAAUCUACUGCAGCUGCUGUAAUGGAAAGUUAACAAAAGUGCACAGAUUGUAUAAAAAAAAUCACAUAUGACCCAAAGUUUUGAGUUUGAAGCUUUUUAGGAAGACUGGUCAAAGAAACUUCUACUGAAAAAGGAUGUGUUUUGAGACUGGUGGAACGAAUGUAGCUGGAAAACAAAAGGAGGGGAAAUGAUUUUGGCUAAAACCUGUUAUCUCCAUACAGGAAAGCUGGGUGUAAAACAGCACUUGUUUAGCUGCACUCAGAUAAAAACACUCCGCAUGUGGCUGUUUUUGAGUGGAGGAGGGGAAGAAAAGUUUUGACAACUGCUUGUUGUCGCUGAAGUGUAUCCAGUUGUAAUAAUUACGCUCUGCAAGAUGCAGGGAGGAGUAGCUCCCUCGCAUCUAUGACAGGACAGUGUUUGGUGUCUUAUGGAGACGGUUUAUACCCUCUGUGUAACCUUCUAGAUUUAGCUGAGACAUUGCAGCGUGGACCUCAAGAUGUUCAUCCUUUGACCUCCCACCAAAACUGGACACGAAAUGGGGAAUAAAUACAGCAAAAAGAUAAAUACGUGUGUUUACCUAAAUUAAAUUUUGCAUUAAUUCUAAAUUAAAAGUGUAGCCACUUUUUUUUUAUUACUGUGUAAUAGUUGGUCAGUUUUUAAAAGGACAGCUUUGGGGCUCCAUCAGUGGACAAGGUACUGGAUCAUUCCUGGAGAACUGGGGCACAAAUGGCUGGGCUCUGAUAUGGACGGAGACGGGACGUUAAUGAGAUCACAGUUUUGGAUUGACUGCAUGAUGUAAAUGUAUGUGUGAUUAAAUAAUUAUGAGGAAAAAAA